AUGGAUGCUGUCGGCCUCUCUGAGAUGAAAGCGCAAGGCUCGACGCCUCCGGUCGAACAGCCCCGGGCGGAGCACCGUGAAUGUUCGGCCGUGGAGCAGGCAAUCAGCUCGGAAUCUCCAAACCAUGCCGAUCGCAUCAAGGAACGAAACCGAAUCAUACGGAAGCUUGACAAGCACCUUCUGCCUCAAAUCUUUGUCAUGUACUCCUUCUCUGUACUUGAUCGCAGCAACCUCGGCAACGCCCGAAUCGCCGGGAUGGAGGACGAGAUUGACAUUUCGGGACGACGGUACGACUGGCUCGGUACAGCAUUCUACAUUGCAUACAUUCUUUCUCAGUGGCUGUGCAUCGGCUGGCAGGUCUUCCCUCCACAUGUAUGGGUUGCAUUUUGCGCGUUUGCUUGGGGUCUCGUAUCGACCUUGCAGGCAGUGUGUACCACGUGGACUGGACUCAUGAUCUCCCGAGUGUUCUUGGGUAUUAUGGAAGCUUGCUAUGCGCCUGGAGUUACUCUCUACCUCUCGUAUUUCUAUCCUCGCGAGAAGGCAGGCUUCCGAGUAGGAAUCUUCCUCUCUGGCUCCGCCGCAGCCAACGCCUAUGGCGGUGUUUUGGCCUACGGAAUAUCUCAAGCACAAGGAGCUAUUGCUCCUUGGCGGACCCUUUUCAUCGUCGAAGGUAUACCCACUUGCCUGCUGGCUAUUGUGACCUGGUUCUUCCUCCCCGAUGGACCCGGAAGCGCACGAUUCCUCUCAAAUCAUGAGAAGGAGAUCGCCACGCAGUUCAAUGCGCAAGAAAUGGGCCCCAGGCCUGGAAUAAGAGCCUUACAAAAGAAGGAAGCUUUGAGGGCGGUACUGGACUAUCGCACCUAUCUGCCUGCUCUCAUGUACUUUGGCUCUAAUGUUGCAUUUGCAUCGCUGCCGCUCUUCUCCCCAACGAUUAUUUCGCAGAUGGGAGUCUUCACGAAGGUCCAGUCUCAAGGUCUAUCUGCCCCGCCAUACGUCAUCUGCUUCCUCAUGAUUGUCCUUUGCACAUCGCUUUCCGACCGAUAUAAAGUCCGAGGCCCUUUCAUCGUUGGUGAGGCGUUGCUCGCCGCGAUUGGCUUUAUCAUCCUCGCAACUACGACAGGUGUGGCAUCUCGAUACUUCGGGCUAGUUCUGGGGACGCAGAUGUUCGUAUGCGCUGCGCUUGUGCUGACCUGGGUAAGCAACACCCACGAAAAUGACUCGCAAAGAGCGGUCGCCCUCGCUAUCUUAGCUACGGGCGGACAGCUGGGCCCCGUGGUCGGGACCAACAUCUUCCCCAUCAAGGACAAGCCGUUCUACCGAAGAGGCAUGUGGGUAUCUUGCGGGUCUGCCCUUAUUGUGGCUGCCGCUGCCAGCCUUCAGAUGUUUGUUCUGCACCGCACCAACAAGAAGUGGGAUCGGGAGAAUGAGGCCAGGAAUGAAGCAGAGGACAACGACCAGGCUGCGGAAUUGCAAAAAGACAAGAAAUUUCGCUAUAUCCUGUGA